AUGUACCCACUCGAUACCAUCGGUGCAUUUCGGGUCACCGAGCCUGCGGAUACUUACAUAUAUGAUAUUGUUCCGACUGCAGCAGGGCUUGCGACAAUUUCCUCAGAUGAUAGUCUCCGGCUGCUCGACCCUCUCGCUUUGGAUCGCCCACCGUUGACAUCUGUCAGCCGCGUUAAUACAGAUGUCACAUGUUUAAAAGGUUUCGAUACUGGCGCCGACGGGAAUUCUGUUGUUGUCUGUACAGCCGGGAGAGAUGGCAGAGCUUGUUUAAUUGAUCCGAGGAGUGGCUCGAAGGUUGCGGAGGUGACGAUGGAACAGAAUGCUCCUAUUCUAUCACUGGCCUGCUCUUACCCUCACUCUUUGGCAGCUGGAUCUGAACUCACAAACCAUCAAGCAUCAGUUCUUUUAUGGGAUACGAGGAGUCUUGCCCAGCCAGUUGUUCAAUAUAUUGAGAGCCACAGUGAUGACGUUACAGAACUACAAUUUCACCCUAGCCGACCACAAAUUCUAUUAUCAGGGUCAACGGAUGGUCUUGUUAACAUUUACAACACUACAAUCUCAGAUGAAGAAGAAGCGUUACAUCAGACCAUCAAUCACGGUGCAUCGAUUCACCACGCCAACUUCCUUAGUGAUGUGGAUAUCUUUGCAUUGUCGCACGAUGAAAAAUUCUCUAUGUAUGAGUUGGUAACGAAUCCAGAAGAAGGCGUUGAAGAACCACCUCCUACUCACUUCGGGGAUGUGAGAGAGUUAUUCGGUGGAGAGUAUGCCGCCAAUGUCCUGAGACGGCCUGAUGGAAGUGCAGUACUGGGGAUUGGCACUCAUAGUCAAGAAAGCUUCGAUUUAAUCCACUUCAAGAACGGACCCCCAUGGACGUUUAUGCCCGAGUCUAAAGCCACAUUGAUCGGGGCUCAUGGAUCGGAAAUUGUCCGCGCCUUCUGUUUCCUAGAUGAGCACAAGGCAGUCCUAACGGCUGGAGAGGAUGGGCAAGUGAAGGCUUGGAGGGGCGAAUGUGUUGCAUUGUGGGGUACUGAGCAAGUCGAAACGGCGCUCGUAUAUCUCCACCAUUUCGAACACUCAAAUCCACGACCUGUACGAAAGCCCUCAGGGUUAUUGGGAACAGCUAGCCAAUAUCUUUGGGCAAUCCUACCAAAGCUAUAUACCCAAGGCCCGCCUUCUGAUGGACCUCCGGGAAAACAUAAUAAGGAGCUCCCCAAGCCGGUCUCCGGAGCAGUGCAACUUUUGGAGGAAGCAGCGCGAGUUAAUAACUCAGAUGCUAUAUAUAUCCUGGCCCAGAUGAACUUCUACGGGAACUUCACGUAUCCCAAAGAUUAUUCCGAAGCCUUCAAGUGGUAUCAGCAACUAGCCACAUUGAAUGGCAAUAGCUCGGCGCAGCAUAUGGUUGGAUUUAUGUAUGCUACGGGAAUUGGGGGCGCUGUAGAACAGAACCAAGCCAGAGCCCUGCUGUACCACACAAUUGCCGCCCGGGGGGGAAGCGUUAGAUCUGAAAUGACUGUGGCCUUUCGACAUCACAGUGGCAUUGGGACGGCUCGGAACUGCGACCUCGCGAUGAAGCAUUACAAAAACGUGGCGGCCAAGGCGAUUGAAUGGUUUCGGUCCGGGCCUCCAGGCGGAAUGACGUGGGUGCCUGAUGCCUAUCGCCUUGCGGAUGAGGAUGGGGGGGUUUAUGGGGAAGGGGCCAGCUUCUCUAGUGCGGGAAGCAAUGCCAACAAAGCGGGCCUGAGUUCCGAUACCCAUGCUGCGUUAGAUGAUGUCCUUGAAUACCUGGAUUUGAUGUCUAGAAAGGGAGAUUUUAAAGCAACAUUUAGUUUGGGACGCAUCCACUAUGACGGGCAAAAGGGCCUCCCACAGAAUCUUAAAAGUGCUAAGUGGUACUUCAUGAAGGUUGCCAAGUUAUAUUGGCAAAGGGAUGGGCGCGUGGUUGAGACUGACAAGCCAGGGCUGGAGAAGAUGGCAACAAAAGCAGCUGGAUAUCUUGGGCGGAUGUUCUUACGUGGCGAAGGCGUGGAGAAAAGUUAUGAAAAGGCGCAGGUUUGGUUUCAGCGCGGUAUAAAGAGUGGUGACGCUGGAUCCCAGUAUGGAUUGGGGCUCAUGUAUCUCAAUGGGCUUGGGGUAGAGAAGAACACGGUCAGGGCCACCGAGUUUUUCAAAGCCUCCGCGGACCAGGACUAUGCACCUGCCAUGGUCAGCUUGGGUGCCUUGUACUUGGAUCAGGGUACAUCCAGCGAUAUAGCAGUUGCUACCCGCUAUUUUGAGCUUGCUGCACGAUACGGCCAUAUUGAGUCUUUAUACUACCUGGCUGAACUUAUCGGCCAGGGAAUUGGUCGAGAUCGAAGCUGUGGUCUCGCAACGGCGUACUACAAGAAUAUCGCUGAGAAGGCGGAACCCCUUGUCUCAUCAUUCGCUGAAGCCAAUCAAGCAUACGAGGAUGGGGAUUUCGGACUAGCCCUAGUUGGCUACUUACACGCCGCGGAACAGGGCUACGAAAAAGGUCAAGCUAAUGUGGCAUAUCUUCUUGAUGAGCAAAAGUCUAGAUGGGCUUUACCUUCCUGGUUGAGCCUCCCCAUGCCGCGACCAGCCUCUCUACAAAAUACCGCCCUUGCCCUGAUAUAUUGGACGAGGUCAGCUAAGCAGACAAAUAUCGAUUCCAUGGUCAAGAUGGGAGAUUACUAUCUCUAUGGAACUGGGACAUCGCCGGAUAUGCAAAAGGCCGCGUCCUGCUAUCAAGCCGCGUCCGAAUUUCAUCAAAGCGCCCAGGCGCUGUACAACUUGGGUUGGAUGCAUGAGAAUGGAGUCGGGCUCGAUCAAGACUUCCAUCUUGCGAAGCGAUUUUAUGAUCAGGCCCUUGAGACGAACGAUGAGGCCUAUUUGCCCGUGAAACUGAGUUUAUUGAAGCUUCGGCUUCGGAGCGCUUGGAAUACUUUUACCCACGGGAGGAUCAACUCGAUCCAAGACGAACCAGCACCUAAAAAGCAGUGGUCGGUAGGUGAAUGGAUCAGCAAUUUCCUCCGGGAUGAUCAUCCGUACUACGGCGAUGACUACGACGAUAACCUCCUUCCUGAAAACGAUCCAAUGCCCGGCGGAGAUGCGGAUGGACUUUAUGACGAUAUCAUUGAAGACGGGAUUGUUGAGAGUCUCAUUAUUAUUGGAUUAGCGGCUACAUUGGUAUUCCUUAUCUACUAUCGCCAGCAGCAACAACUAGCACACAGACGUGCGGCCGGGGCACAGGCAGGAGACCAACCUGGAGCCCAAGGCCAAGAGCAGCACCCUCAACAGGAAGAUCGAGGACUCUUCCCUCGGCCUGGAGACCCGGCAUUCGGACAAUGGGUCGCAGGUGGCGUUGGACACUGA